CUGGGGUGUCGCUCCUCAGUGCAGUGCGGGGCACCUCCCAGCCACUCCAUACCGCUGGUGUCCACAGCAACGCUCCUGGUCCCCAAGUGUCAUCACUGGCUGCUGGGUCUCGGGUGCAAUGCAGGCCAUCAAGUGUGUGGUGGUGGGUGAUGGAGCCGUGGGCAAGACAUGCCUUCUCAUCAGCUAUACCACCAAUGCCUUCCCCGGAGAAUACAUCCCCACUGUGUUUGACAACUAUUCGGCCAAUGUGAUGGUGGACAGUAAGCCUGUGAACCUGGGGCUGUGGGACACCGCAGGCCAGGAGGACUAUGACCGCCUCCGGCCGCUCUCCUACCCGCAGACGGAUGUGUUCCUCAUCUGCUUCUCGCUCGUCAGCCCGGCCUCCUAUGAGAACGUCCGAGCCAAGUGGUUCCCUGAAGUACGACACCACUGCCCCAGCACUCCCAUCAUCCUGGUGGGUACCAAGUUGGACCUGCGAGAUGACAAGGACACCAUUGAGAAGCUGAAGGAGAAGAAGCUGGCUCCCAUCACCUACCCACAAGGCCUGGCACUGGCCAAGGAUAUUGAUUCAGUGAAGUACCUGGAAUGUUCCGCGCUCACCCAACGGGGCCUGAAGACCGUCUUCGAUGAGGCCAUCCGGGCUGUCCUGUGUCCACAGCCCACACGGCAGCAGAAGCGCCCCUGCAGCCUGCUCUAGGGGUCUCACCCCAGUCCUCUCACUCUUGACCGUCCAGGAUCCCUACCGAAGCCCAAUGAUGUGCGGAUGGGAAAUGCCGUCCCCUCCCUGUGAUGUUUCUUCCCAGACAGCUGCAGAACUUGUCUAUCUCCUCAGUGGAGGUCCCCUGGGAUGGGAGGAUGUUGAUAGGCCAUGCCCUACCUGGAAUGCUCCCGUGUUCCCAGGGACCAGAGGGGAGCCCCAAGACUCAGCCCAUCGUCCUCACGUCAUACAGCAUCAUACACCCACCUGAUCCAGGCCUUCCUGACUUCCCUCUCGAAGCUUCCGGUUUCCACAGCCUCCCACCACUGUGUGUCUGCAGGGACAGGGUUUCCUGCUCCAAUGCCCCUGGUCUGCCUUGUGGGCGUCAUCUCCUUCCCUGAACCAGAGGGAGAGAUGCAUGAGUCUGCUCCUCUGUUCUCCUUUUUCCGAAAAUCACAGAGCAAAUCCAUUUCUGUAAGUCUUCCGUCUGCCCAGCCAAGCAAGGGGCUCAGCCCACCCCUACCAUCUCUCAAGACUUCCUACUCUUUCCAAAGGGUCCUGAGCUGUAUUUUCUUGGGACUGUCCACCUCACCCUGCCAGCCAGGACCUGAACCACUGCAGAUAGAAAACACAGCUCUCUUGCUUAUGCAGAAAAUAAAUAUAUUGAUUCAAGUCAGA